AAAUAAUUAACAAACUAUGACCAAAAAAUUUUUAUUUUGAAAUUCUAACCCUUUACAAAUACCUCUGUGGUAUUUAUAAGUAAACCGGAUUCUACGAUUUUAGGAGACACCACUAUUUAAAAAUAUUUCGAAAUUUGUAUUACAGUACAGUGUAAAUACAUGUUCACAAAUAAAUCAACAUUGUACUUCUUCCACUCGUUUUCCAUGCUUGCCCAUGGCAACCUUAAAUACAUUUCACUGUUUAUCUUUCGUUAUUAUUUAUUCAUGACUCCAUUAAUAAAAUAUUCAUUAAAUACAACUGUAUAUUAUUUCUAUGGUAAUACAAACCAUUUAGCGAAAUGAACUGAGUAGAAAUAUUUAAAAACAAAAUUAAAUUAACGGAUUAUAUCGCAUGUUUGUUUAGGAACAAUUAUUAUGCAUCUAUAAUUUUAUAUAAAAAAAGUUUAAACAUUUAUACCAUUGAUAUAGUUUUUCUAGAGUUUUUAUAGAACAAAUAAGAUAUGGAGUUAUUAAAAAAAGCAGUCGAAAAAAUUGAAAAAAGUAUCCAUGGAAAGCAUGUUAUGAUACUUAUUGACACUUCUGGAUCGAUGUAUGAAGUUAUCGAAGUUAUUAAACAAGCGGUAAAAGAAUUAAUUAAACUGAUCUCAAUGAGAAAUAAUUCAAAAUUUAACAUAAUUUCUUUUUCAAAGUUGAUAACUUCCUAUUCUAAUAAAAUGGAAUCGUGUACAGAAGAAAAUCUGAACUCUGCCUACAGCUGGAUUUCUUCUUUAAUAUGUGAAAAUGCAACAAACAUGUUAUCAGGUCUUGUUGCAGCAUUUAGUGAGCAGUAUUGUGAUUCAUUAGUUUUGUUUACGGAUAGUUUACCAAAUCAAAGACCUUCAGUUGUUUUAAAAUUUGUAAAUGAACUUUCUGAAUCUAGACCAAUCAAUUCCAUUUAUAUUAAUAAUGGGUAUGUUGAUCCAAAGGUUGAAGAAUUCCUCCUUUCUCUUUCUGUUUCUACAAAUGGGUCUUCACAUACCCUCACACAAUUUAAUAAUGCCCUUGAGCAUAAACAAAAUUUUCCUCCGUGUAAAGAAAUUAUAACUUAUUGUUAUGAUUCCCUAUCUAGUUGCUCAGAAACUUCAGAUGAUGAAGAAAAUGAAGUCUCUUCAGAUGAUGAAAAAGUUUUAAACAUUGGAGAUAGAUACAAUAUAGUUGGCAUGACUGUUCUUGCAAAAAGAGUUCAUGAUGGUUAUUUUUACAAGGGAAUAGUCAUAAGAUCAUACCCAGAUGUAGAUGAAGUUCUUGUCUCUUUUCUUCCUUCAAAGAAAGCAUUACAGUAUGAAUCAAUUGGUCUUUCUGAAAUUUUACUUUAUGAUAACAUAAAGAAGCUUAAGGCAUAUAUCGGUGAUCGAGUACUUGUUAAUUUUGAUUCAAAGAAAAAAUAUGUGCCUGGAACAGUUCGAGAAAAUAAACAUGAAUCUACUGACAAACUUGUGUCAUUAAAUAUGCUAAGAGUUGAAAUGUUUGAUGGAAAUAUUAAAACAAUCCCAAUGACAUCUGUUUUUCCUAUUAAUGAGAAAAUAUAUUUGGAAUGUGUAAACUCUAUUUUGUUAAAUAGUUCACAUUCAAUAACUAAAAAGGUUGUUUUACCUACAGUAAAAAGACAUUGUAAAAUGUCACAUGAAAUAACAGGAAAUAAGUUUCUAUCUGGUAAGCAUAAUAAAAAGAUUCUUACAAGAGAAGAGUUGAGUGAGAAAAUAGAAGCACAACUUAAAGAAAGUAAAGCUUUGUUAAACAGCCUCAAUAUUUAUGAAGAACCUGUAAAUUACUUCCAUCACCAUGGCUCUCCGUGUUAUGAUGAUUAUGAUAGUGGUUUUGCUGGAGAAAGUUUAGAAGAUUCAAAAGUUUCACAUGUAAAGUUUACACCAAAACCACCACAAUCUAAAAAGUUAACAGUCGAUGAAAUUGAAAGUUCAGAUAGCAAUACUUCAGAAGACCAACAAAGUUUUAUUAGAACAAGAACUUACACUAAUCCUCAAAGUGUGCAACCACCAUCAACUUGGAACAACAAACAUUCCUUACCCCAGAGUCAAUGGAAAAGAAAACAUUCAUCAAGUGUAGGAAGUAAUGUUGUGGAAAGAUCGAAAAAGCAUUGGGUUGGGCGACCUUUAAAUAAAGACAUGUCUCAUUUAAAAGCUCGUCGGUUCAAUAAGAAGCCAUUUGCUGAUGAUUACCAAUCUGUUGAUGGAACUCCAAUGCCAAGAAAAACUGAUUUUCAUGUAAAAAAACAAGAAAGUAUUGUUCAUUAUCAAGAAAGCGAUAUACCAUAUCAGCAUUUCCAACAUCAUGACAUAAUUGGACAUCGUGUAGUUGAAUAUAAACCUGUGUAUAUAAAAAAUCCAUCACCAAACCCAUCUUCUUCAAGCAAAUGUGAAGUUAAAACUGUUCAAGAAAACCUGAAUGUAAAUAACAUUUAUGAAAAGAAAGAAAAAAUAAAAAGACAAAAUGAAGGAAAAAAUACAAAAGUAAAUAAUAGUUAUGAACAAAGAGAACAUACUAAAAGAGAAAAUGAAGUCAAAAAACAGGAAGAAAAUAAAAAAAUAUUACUUAAACAACACAAAGAGAUUGAUACUAAUGCUUACAAUAGGAUCAAAAUUAUUAUUGAGCGAGACAAUGAAAAAGCCAACUAUAAACAAAAAAAAGUUAAAGACCGUAUUCAAAUGGAGUAUGAUAGAGAGGAUUCUAAACAAAAACAGAAGUUUGCUCGAAUAAAUGCAAUGGCAGAAAAACGAACGAAUUAUUUAACAGCCAACCAUGGAAACAUUGAAGAAAAAAGUUCCCAAACUGAGAUACCUCCAUCUCAAAAAAGACUAGAUUUUGAAAGACAACGCGUUGAAAACCAAAUUCAAAACCACGAAGCCAAAAUUCAACGUUUAAAAGCUAUUAGAAAAUAUACUGACGCAAGAGUGGAAACAUUAAAACGGAACAAUGAUAAAGCCCGUGAUAUAAACGAAUAUGUGAAAAAUCAACAACUGUCUAAUAAUCGUGCGAAUAUUUUACCUUAAUUGACUAAUAUUGAUUUUAUAUUAACUUGUAAAAAAAUUAUUUAUUAGAGUUUUUUAAUACA